AUGUAUGAGAAGCUAGGCGUACACUGGGCGGGGAGUGUAUUUGCGUUUCUCUCCCUCUUGUUACUUCCCAUUCCAUGGCUACUGUUUAAGUUUGGACCGGCCUUGCGGAAGCGCAGCAAGUUUGCGACUUCUUCAUAA